AGCUUAUUCUCAAGUCUCUCUCUUUCUCUCCUGGCUUCCUACCCAAUGGCUUCAUCUCCUUCUUCUUCCUUGUUGCUCUCUCUAGGGCUCCUCGCCCUCCUUGCCGGCCUCCACGGCUGCUCCGCCCACUUCAGCAGGGCCUCAGGGCAGGGCAUCUGGCCUCUAGGCCGGCACCCGCAGCAGCGGCAGCGGCACCAGCUCCGGUUCAGGACCGAGUGCCGGCUCGACAGGCUGUACCCCCAGGAGCCGAGCCGGAGGAUCGAGGCUGAGGCCGGGUUCACCGAGCUCUGGGACGAGGAGGACGAGCAGUUCGCGUGCGCGGGGGCGGCCGCGCUCCGCCACGUCAUCCGCCGCAACGGGCUCUUGCUGCCUUCCUACACCAACGCCCCGAAGCUCAUGUACGUGGUUCAAGGAAACGGGCUUCAUGGUGCGGUCAUUCCAGGUUGCCCUGAGACAUACCAAGAGGACGAGUCUCGGUACCAAGGCCGAGGCCAAGGCUUAAGAGGUGAGGAGAGCGAGCAACGAGGAGACCGACACCAGAAGGUCCGGUUCAUCCGCGAAGGCGAUGUCAUCGCAAUUCCCGCCGGCGUCACCCACUGGACCUACAACCGGGGUCAGUCCGAUCUCGUCCUGGUUUCCGUCCUCAACACCGCCAAUGAAGAAAACCAGCUUGAUGAGAACAUCAGGAAAUUCUUCGUAGCUGGGAACCCGCAACAAUACCAACAACAAGGAGGGCGGAGCCGGAGAUGGGAACGCCAAGGCCGGCGCGGCCAGCGCGGGGGAAGGCAAGAACAGCAAGAAGAGAGCUUCGGCAACAUCUUCAACGGCUUCGACGACGACCUCCUCAGCGACUCCUUCAACGUCGACAACGAGCUAGCCCGGAGGCUCAGGGGGCAGGACGACCAGCGUGGCCACAUCGUCGAGGUCCAGGACGAUCUCCAGAUCCUCAGCCCGCGGUACGACGGGGGUGAGGAGGCAGAGCGCGAGAGGGAGCGCGAGCGUGAGCGGGAGGGAAGGCGCCGCCGCGACCGCUUCAACAACCCUGGCAACAGCACUAGCGAGGAUGAUGCUAGUGAUAAUGGCUUGGAGGAGACACUGUGCACACUCAGGCUUAGGGAGAACAUAGACAACCCUGAGCGGGCGGAUAUAUAUAAUCCUAGAGGUGGACGCAUCACCACACUCAACAGCUUUAGCCUCCCCAUCUUGAGCUACGUGCAGCUUAGUGCUGAGAGAGGUGUUCUUUAUAGGAAUGGGUUGGUAGCGCCACACUACUACCUGAACAGCCACGGACUGAUCUACGUUAUCAGAGGCAGCGCCAGGCUCCAGGUCGUGGGCGACUUGGGGCAGAUGGCAUUCGACGGCGAGCUCCGGGAGGGCCAGUUCCUGGUCAUCCCGCAGAACUUUGUAGCGAUAAAGAGGGCGAACGAGCAGGGCUUCGAGUGGAUCGGCUUCAGGACGAACGACAUGGCAACGGUCAGCCCGCUCGCGGGGAGGCUGUCGGUGUUCCGGAGCCUGCCCGAGGAGGUGAUCCAGAACGCGUACGACGUCUCGAGAGAGGACGCGAGGAGGCUGAAGUACAACAGGGAGGAGCUGACCGUGUUUAGCCCGGGGUCUGGCUAUAGAGGAAGAAACUGAGAAACCAUGUGCUUCGUGCAUGCGUAGGUACGAGGGUGAAGGGUGAAAUAGUAGUAAUGUAACGUAGCGAGGUUAAAUUUCGGAAUAAAAGAUGUCCUGUCUGAUGAGGACUACGAGGGGAUUAGUAACUAGUAAUUAAGUUUUAAUUAAGUACGUAAUGGAUGCACUACUUUGUAUGAAUUUGCGGGAAUUAAAUGAAAAAGUUCCAUCCAUGAAUUUAAUAUU